GCGCUGCGUCUCUGCUCUCGGAUCAGUCCGCCUCCACAUGGCUCAUGCGGCACUGUAUAGCCUACUCCUUCAUUCGACCCCAGAACACAACAUCAUGUCACGCUCUGGUAUUAAGUCAGGCGCACAGAUUCAUAUGCACUCUGACGUUGUCUGAGAUAAGUUUUAUUUGCUACUUCGUGGCCCUUGCACCUGAUUUAACAACGGAACCAGGAGCAACAGUCGUUUGCGCAGAGCCUUGGCUGCAGAGGAAGCAGGAGGUAGCUGACAUUAAACAAAACCAAAAGCGAUUUUAGUGUCUUCUGAGGCGGAGGGACAUCAUUGGGACAAAAAAAAGAACUUUCAUCUGGGAUCAAAUAAAGAAAUUAACCAUGCUCGGCGGCGAAGGAGAAAGCAGCGCAUACCCUUCAGCGAAAGACGCAGCGGAUGAGAGGCGCAAGUCUCCGACUGGGGAUGGGGAUGAUCCUGGCGCAAGCAACAGGUACACAGAGCAUGUGAUGGGUGCAGAGCGGUACUACAUGCCACCCACGAUUUCUAAGCAAAGCCCAGACACAGCGAACCCCUGCUCUUUUAUUCCUUAUACCCCCAGUGGGACGGUUUACACCCCGUCCAGCGCUGGCAGGUAUCCCUCAUCUCUCCACUUGGGCUCCGUGUUGCCUCCCGCGGGAUUUUCCUCAUCGGCCUCCGGGCGCAGUCACUUCAGCCCGGCUUACCAGCUCGGGCAGAGCCCCGGCUGCAUCUACCCUCCUUACACCGGCUCAGGGUCCGCUCUCGGCAACAUGGCUCUGCCCACCGGAGGGCCCGGAAUGAGGGCCCAGGUCUACCUCUGCAACCGACCACUGUGGCUCAAGUUUCACCGGCACCAAACCGAGAUGAUCAUCACCAAGCAGGGCAGGCGGAUGUUUCCCUUCCUCAGUUUUAACAUAGCCGGUCUCAGUGUGGCAGCGCACUAUAAUGUGUUUGUGGAGGUGGUGUUGGCAGAUCCAAACCACUGGAGAUUUCAGGGUGGCAAGUGGGUGACCUGCGGGAAAGCUGACAACAACAGUCAAGGGAACAAAGUCUACAUCCAUCCAGAGUCCCCAAACACAGGGGCCCACUGGAUGAGACAAGAAAUCUCCUUCAGCAAACUAAAACUCACCAACAACAAAGGAACCAGUCACAGCACGUCCCAGAUGAUCGUCUUGCAAUCGCUUCAUAAGUACCAGCCUCGGCUGCACAUUGUGGAGGUGACGGAGGAUGGCGUGGAGGACGUGAACAGCGACCUUAAGACUCAGUGCUUCAGUUUUCCAGAGACACAGUUUAUAGCGGUCACUGCCUACCAGAACACUGAUAUCACACAGUUGAAAAUUGAUCACAACCCCUUUGCCAAAGGAUUCAGAGACAACUAUGAUUCGAUGUACACCGCGUCAGAGAACGACCGUCUCACGCCAUCUCCAACCGACUCUCCCCGUGCCCACCAGAUUGUCCCCGGUGCCCGCUACACGAUGCAGCCCCUCUUCCAGGACCAGUUUGUCAACAACCUACCGCAGAAUCGCUUCUACAACAGCGAGAGAGCCGUGCCCCAGACCAACACGCUCCUCUCACCUCAAACAGAAGACGGCGCUUCGCAGCGGUGGUUUGUCACCUCUAUGCAGCAAGGGGGAAACUGCACUGGUACCGGCAACAAGCUAGACCUGACACCCUACGAGGGGGAAUACUCAAGCCCCCUGCUUCCGUAUGGUAUCAAAUCUCUGUCCAUGCAAACGUCUCAUGCACUCAGCUACUACCCAGACUCUCCUUUCACCACCAUGUCACCCGGGUGGGGGUCCAGAGCUGCAUACCAAAGAAAGGUGACUCCCAGUCUGCCAUGGUCUCCCAGGCCCAGUCCCACGACUGGGUUCCCAGAAGACUCAGACAAAGUUAAACCACAGAUUGAGGAAGAGGUGAAUGGCACUGGAGCACUGAUCACCUCCUGGACAGAGACACAGUCAUCAACGCUUUCCUUGGAGAAGGCCGAUUCCUACGCCAUGGCCUGCAAGCGAAGGCGCUUGUCUCUCAAUGGCCCAAGCGCAGAGGACUCACCCACCAACACCAAGUGUGAGGAUUUAGCCUCCGCUGCCACCAACAAUAGCUCCUACAGCAAGGACGCGCCCCCAUCUAAAGGCAUGGCUGCGUACUACUCCUUUUACACAAACCCGUGAACUUUUUUUGUCUCUGAAAAAGAAGGCCUAGUUUUAUCUAUCAUCUGAAUAAAAUAUAUUAUUUUGCUUUUUUUUAAAAAAAAAAGAAAAAAAGAAAAAUGGUUAUGUGAGCAUCAUUACCAUGCUUUGAAAGUGGAGAUGUUGCUGUCUCAUUACUGUUGUGACAACACAGGAAAUAUCGAGGACACAUUAAAACACGACGCCAUUAAACAAGAUUGGUGAAGAGAUGCAUGCAGCACAAUGAGCAUCUCGAGGGCUUACAUUGUUGAUCCCUGUCACUGGACUGUAUAUUUUAAGCCACUGAUUUCUGCGACUAGGUGUUUUGGAAUUUUGAAAAGUGCCAAAGCAUCUGUUUAAAGUGCCCCAAUUUUCUUAAACAGUGUUUUAUCGUUGCAGACAUUUACGUAUGUACCUUUUCACUGAGAUUGUGUGUUUACAGAUUAUUUAUUCAAGGUCUGUUCUUGAGAUGUGUGCACUCUUUAAAUGUGAGUAUAGUAUGCUGUAUAUACCUUCCCUGCAAAAGUUCAGAUAUUUGAUAAUAAAAGACAUACGUGUUCUAUGGAAUAUCUAAGUGAUUAUUUUUGAUUUAAUUAAAGCACUCCACGUGUCCUA